AUGUAUAAGGCACUUUUUAAAACUAACUACACGGGUGUUAUUGUUGAUGAAGCACAUAAGAUAAAGAAUCCCAGGUCGAAACGAACUCAAGCGUUAGUCGGUUGGCAAGGUAAAGCAAAAAGACUAUUAACCAAGGACAACAUAAAACAAUGUAUUCUCUUAUCCGGAACACCGAUGAUGCAGCGCCCGUGGGAGUUGUAUAGUGUAUUACGUGGUUUGAUACCUGACGAACUAGGGCCGUACAGUAAAUCUUCUAUGUAUGCCAUUCACUUUUGCAAGGGCUAUAAAGAUGUAUAUGGUCGAUGGAUCACUAAUGGCUCCGAUAACCUUGAGGAACUUUCUGAAAUAACCAAGAAAUUAAUUUUCCCGGUUUCUAGAGAACGCAUAGAGCGUAACCUACCGCCCAUACGAAAACAGAUUGUUAGACUUAGCUGUGGGGGUACUUACCUAGCGCAAGAGAAAGCAUAUAACAUAGAGUCUCUCGAAGAUAUAACUUCAAGCAUUGGGUUCGAAGGAUUAUCAGAACUUCGGCACUUGAUGGCAAUUCAAAAAAUACCUUACAUACAAGAUUACGUAAAAAAUUUGCUUUUGUCUGGAGAAAAAGUUAUAGUAUUCGCGUGGCACAGAGCCGUAUUACAAUCAAUCCUUACCUACGUGCAGGCUUUAUCCUUGCCUCGUGACGUACUCCUUUUGGAUGGUUCUGUGCCACCCUCUCAACGCCAGUCUCUUUGCCAUAAAUUCAACACUGAAAAUUAUUCUAUAGCGCUAUGUCAAAUUAGUGCUGUAUCAGAAGGCCUUAGUUUACAUACCGCAACCCACGUUGUGUUUUCAGAGAUAAGUUGGAACCCAUCAGAUAACGAACAAGCGUUAAAGCGCUCUGCCCAGGUUCAUUAG